AUCGAUGAGAUACAAGAAUCUCCACGCGAUUAAUCUCUGAAUGAUCGAAUUAGGAGUACGAGAAGUCAGUUAUAUCACAUCGGGAGUGUCUGCUGGUGCGUCUGGGGAGAAAGAUCAAAGUUUAGCGUGAGGAGAGCGAGAAUAAAUGGAAUAAAAAGUAAAAGUGUGGGCAGGAUUUUUGAAUAUCCCGCCAAGUAGUCAGCGCCCCCUGAAAGUCCGCCACAUCUAACCUCAAAUUGCGCAGUUUUUUUUGUUGGGUGGAUGUCGCUUGGAUAUUAGCAUAAUUGAGCCGCUAUAUUUCGGUGAUUUUCUCACUCAAUUGAUUUGAUUCAGUGGAUUCAGUGCGUGAUUUGGGGUGUGGCAGCUGUGUGACGGUUCAAGUGUUCCCCGAGUGACUGGAAAGAUGGGCCAAAAGGUGUCCAGGACGGAUUUUGAAUGGACUUACACGGAGGAACCUCAUGCGUCACGCCGCAAAGUGAUGCUGGAAAAAUAUCCACAAAUCAAGAAACUCUUUGGCUAUGAUCCCAACUUUAAGUUUGUGGCUGGUGGUAUGGUACUCAUGCAAAUGCUCAUGCUGUUUGUCAUGAAGGAUCGCUCGUGGCCAACAAUCAUUCUCACUGCCUAUUGCUUUGGCGGUGUCAUCAAUCACUCUCUCAUGCUGGCUGUACAUGAGAUAGCUCACAAUUUGGCCUUCGGGCAUGCUCGACCUAUGGCCAAUCGAUUAUUUGGCUUCUUCUGCAAUCUACCCAUUGGGCUGCCCAUGUCGAUAUCCUUCAAGAAGUACCACCUGGAGCACCAUCGGUAUCAGGGAGAUGAAGUUGCAGACACGGACAUUCCAACGUAUUUGGAAGCUAAACUGUUCUGCACGACUUGGGGAAAAUUUUGCUGGGUGGUACUACAGCCAUUCUUCUACAUUUUCCGCCCACUCGUUGUCAACCCAAAGCCCCCCACGCAGCUGGAGAUCAUCAAUACUGUCAUUCAGUUGAUCUUUGAUGCUAUCGUGGUGUACUUCUUCGGUUGGCGCGUGAUGGCUUACCUGGUGAUUGGAUCAAUUCUUGCAAUGGGAUUGCAUCCUGUGGCUGGACACUUCAUCAGUGAGCACUACAUGUUUGCCAAGGGAUUUGAGACGUACUCGUACUAUGGCCCUCUCAACUGGAUCACCUUCAAUGUUGGCUACCACAAUGAACAUCAUGAUUUUCCUGCCAUUCCCGGAAGUCGUUUGCCGGAAGUGCGAAAAAUUGCCCCAGAAUUCUACGAUAAUAUGCCCCAACACUCCUCCUGGGUCAAAGUACUCUAUGACUUCAUCACGGAUCCUGCUGUUGGACCCUAUGCCCGGAUUAAGCGCAAGUCACGUGGACUGGAUUCGUAAUUGUGUGAAUCCCAGUGCCCAGAAAAUAUCCUCUUUGUUGCAUAUUUAAUCCUCUAUUCACGUUCCGGGAAAACUGGUCAUAUACUUCAUCCCGGGGCAUUUGUUGCGUUUCAUCGGGCACGGAAUGAUGAAAGAGAAGGUGUUGGAGUCAUGUGGAACAGGAAACAGCAAUUUUGCCAAGUCUAUGCUAAGUAUUACAAAUUUUCAUCCAAUCUCAUCUAAUUGGUGAUUUUCUCAUACAUGCAAAAUCACUGCCCUUUGGCAGGUGACUCACUGUGCAAAUGAUAAAGAUAAUUAGUCACAUAUAUUUGUGAUAAAAUUUCACGUGGCUUGAGAAAUGUUCCUGGGAAAUUUGCAAAAAAAAAAUAAAUAAAUAAAAGGAAAUAUGGGAAUAAUUAUUACAAUAAAAAUACCUCAAUCUAGUCUAUGGGGCGCGAAAAGUCCCGCCAAAAAAACUGAAUAAUUAUAGUAAUUAAUUAAAAUAUGCAGUCCUAUUCAGGGAAUCAGGAUAAAUUGAUGACGCAACAUAUCCUCCAUUUGGCAUUGUUGAUGGAAUAUUGAAGACUCUCACAGAGAAUAAAUUUUAUUGAAAAUGUUCAAUUGUGAAUAAUCAUUCGAUGAAGGUUUUUGCAAAACUAAUGUGAGAGGAAAAUUUAUUCAAUUGCAUCAUUUGCCGAGUGUUUUCAAUUUAAUUAUUUUACAUGUCACUUCAUCCCUCUCCGCAGACCAAGGGAUAUGUAGAGGGAAGGAUUUCUGCACAAGAAUGGCCUAUUGAAUGGCAAAAUUGCAUAUAUGCUAUUUUACAAUUAUUAAUUGAUUUCGAUUCAUUGCAAAUUCCAACAUUAUCUCUUCACCAUUUGAAAAAAAAGUAACAGAUUUAUCUUCUUUUUUUUCCUCAAUUGCCCUUCUGACGAUCACAUCAGAAGAUUGUUAUUCCAUGUUCCAAGCAACACCUAGCAAUUUUCCAUGCAGAUAACUAUGAAUACAAUAAAGAAAAAAAUGGGUAGAGAUAAUGCGAAAGUGAUACUGUUCCACAUGUAAAUUGUAAUAUAUACAAAUUAUAUAUACUCUAAUAAAAAUGAUGAUAAAGUUGUCAAAAAAUUUAAUUGUAAAACUUUUCACACAGCUAAAUAAAAGUGUAUUUUUGUCAAA